CCGGCUCUUUCCUUCCUUCCCUCCCUCCCCGGCUCCCUCCCGCCUGCUCCGGGACCGCAGCCACGUCUCAAAGCGCCUCAUUGUGCGCGCUCGCUCCGGCCGGCAGCGCCUGAGCAGCCCCGCGGGCGGCCGCACAGGGGAUUCCUGCUCUGUUUCCAGAUUCCCUGCGCCUUGGGUCUCCAGGUGCCUCCAACAUCUUGGUAUCCGCUUCCCAGGGCCGUGCCCCUUGCCUGUCCCCGGUGUCCCUGGGUGCCCCUUCACAGCUUUGGGACCUUGCAGAACAAAUCAGCCCCUGCGGAUUCUUCCGACGGGGAGACAGAGAGGCUGUGGAGUGGAACUUGGAAGAGACGACGUCCAGGAGUCUUUGCUAGGACUGGGAACAGAGACGUGAGCUUCCCGCCGCGCCCGUCGGGCAGGGACGCCUCGCCUGGGGCUCUGAAAAACCUCCGAGCAUCUCUAUGGGUUUGUGAUUGAGGUGUGCGUGUCUGCCAGCAGGCCUGGACAGCAGUCCCUGGCCGGCGGCAUGUGGCUGCGGCGCAUCUCCAGCACGGCGGUGACCGCGCUCCUGCUGGCGCAGACUGGCCUCCUGCUCUUCCUGGUCUCACGGCCCAGGCUGCCAUCUCAGGCGGGAGGCGAGGAGCGGGUGCAUGUGCUGGUGCUGUCCUCCUGGCGCUCAGGCUCGUCCUUCGUGGGCCAGCUCUUCAGCCAGCACCCCGAUGUCUUCUACCUGAUGGAACCCGCGUGGCACGUGUGGUCCGCGUUGUCACAGGGCAGCGCGGCGGCGCUGCACAUGGCGGUGCGCGACCUGGUGCGCUCCGUCUUCCUCUGCGACAUGGACGUGUUCGACGCCUACCUGCCCUGGCGGCGCAACCUGUCGGACCUCUUCCAGUGGGCGGAAAGCCGCGCGCUCUGCUCGCCGCCGGCUUGCAGCGCCUUCCCGCGCGGCGCCAUCAGCAGCGAGGCGGUGUGCAAGCCGCUGUGCGCGCGGCGGCCCUUCGGCCUGGCCCAGGAGGCCUGCCGGUCCUACAGCCACGUGGUGCUCAAGGAGGUGCGCUUUUUCAAUUUGCAGGUGCUCUACCCGCUGCUUAGCGACCCGGCCCUCAACCUGCGCAUCGUACAUCUGGUGCGCGACCCGCGGGCAGUGCUGCGCUCGCGGGAGCAGACGGCCAAGGCGCUGGCGCGCGACAACGGCAUCGUGCUGGGUACCAACGGCAAGUGGGUGGAGGCCGACCCGGACCUGCGGGUGGUGCGUGAGGUGUGCCGCAGCCACGUGCGCAUCGCUGAGGCCGCCAAGCACAAGCCGCCGCCCUCCCUGCAAGGACGCUACCGCCUUGUGCGCUUCGAGGACCUGGCGCGGGCUCCGCUGCCCGAGAUCCGUGCUCUCUACGCCUUCACGGGACUGAGCCUCACACCGCAGCUCGAGGCCUGGAUCCACAAUAUCACACAUGGGGUCGGGCCCGGCGCGCGCCGCGAGGCGUUCAAGACCACGUCCAGGAACGCGCUCAAUGUCUCGCAGGCCUGGCGCCACGCGCUGCCCUUCGCCAAGAUCCGCCGCGUGCAAGAGCUGUGCGCCGGCGCGCUGCAGCUGCUGGGCUACAGGCCCGUGUUCUCCGAGGAAGAGCAGCGCGACCUCUCCCUGGACCUGGUGCUGCCGCUGGGCCCAAGCAGCUUCAGCUGGGCAUCAUCCACCGCCAAGCACCCCGGGCCGUAGCGGAGGUCCCCAGCUGUGGCUGGGGGUCGCCAGGACCGGGAGACUCAGGCAUGGGGGGGUGGGAGCCGUGGUACGCGGGGGCACAGGCUGCCACUGGAGGGGCCGGGAGUUUGGGAGUCCUCUCCCACCCCUACCCCGUAGUAGGGGAACUGAGCCCCCAAACUAUGUUUCUUUCUUGAUUUUACUUUUUAGGAGCUGGGUUCCCAUCAGACACACACUUCAUGGAAAGCAGCCUUGCGCCCCCACUUCCUCUGGGCACAGGGAAUAGGUUCAGAUGACUUGGCUCCUCCUCCAGCACUUUGUUUCCCCUUUAUUCUCCCUUGGGAUGCCUCACCACGCCGCUGAGGUUGACCCAGCCCUGUCUGGGCGUUCAGGGGGCACUGUGGUGAGCUCUGCCUGAAGUUGGUACAUCACCCCCUCCGGGUACCCUAGUCUCUGUCCCGCCCCACCUUUGGCAUCAUACGGCACCAAAGCCAAGGCUUUUAUAUUCACCUGUAUCUUCAGCAAGAAAUCAGACAGGGUGCUUCUGUCUUGUGAUCUCCCCUUAGCCUCUCUCUGCCCCGUCUCCGAGCAGCCCACAUGCCCUCAUCACCUGCCUAAGUAAGGCGACCCUUUGAUUUGUCCUGACAGAAAAGAUCCUCCCCACAGAAAUAAACAUACUAACCUGUACGAUA